AUGGCGGCUUUGGUGCCCGUUUUGGUGGCCGGCCUCGCCAUCUUUGGAGGCUACAACUAUGCUCCCGCAGCCAAGAGGACAAUCGCCCUUGCGGGAAUCGGACGAGAGAAGCUAAACACCCCAGUGGCGCAAGCUGGAGACUUCAUCUACAUUGACGACACAGUUCACUGCGAAGAUAUUCAUUACCAUACCCCGAGUGGUCUGCUCUUCACUGCGUGUGAAGAUAAUGAAGAGGGCCGUGGCAAAUGGUUCCCGGGUCUGGGCACCCUUGACGAUCCACUUACGGGAAGCAAACAAAAGGGCUCUCUUCACAUCAUUGAUCCCAAGGACAUGACCCAAAGACGACUUGAAUUUGAGAACUUUGACACAACCUUUGUCACUCAUGGCAUCGAUGUCAUCUCGGACCCCGAGAAGGCGGACGCAGUCUACAUCUUUGCAGUCAACCAUGUACCACACCCAGACUAUCUAGCGACCAAGGUCGGAGGUCAGGGCUCUCAGAAGGUCACCCAAAAGUCUCAAUCGCGCGUUGAGAUCUUUCACCACAUCCUCGGAUCAUCCACUGUUAAGCACCUGCGGACCGUCAUCCACCCGCUAAUGAGGACCCCCAACGACAUCUUCAUCAAGGAUCCUUACACAUUCUAUGUAACCAACGAUCAUUAUUAUCCCGAUGGUGUCGGGAGACUCGUCGAGGAUGUGUGGCCCGGUACCACCUGGACAGACACCAUUUACAUUCACAUUGAAGAGAUGUCUUCCUUGGUCCCCACAGAAGGCAUCAAGGCCGAGGUAGCUCUUUCGGGGAUGCGCAACAACAACGGCAUGGGCCACGGUCGCGAGGCCGGAGAAGUCCUAGUUGUUAACUGCGCCGGCGGCGAAAUGUUCAUCGGCGAGGCCUCUUCAGACCCCAAGAACACCUCCAUCAACAUUGCCGAGUCCGUCCAGGUGGACUCGUACAUUGACAACCCCAGCUACUUUGACGAUCCGUACAAGACUGAGGCCUUCGAUGCUAGCGGUUUCGUGCUCCCUGGUCUCUCGCGACCUAUUGAUAUCCCGAAGCAAGUCCACGACACGUCGUCAGAUAUUGGGUCGAUUGUCUGGUACGUCAAGCCGGCUGCGGGCAGCGAUGGUGGCUACGAGAAGAGGUUGGUGUUCGAGGAUGAUGGCACUAGAGCCCGGUCAGCAGCGGCUGCUGUCUUGGUCGCUAUUGAUCCAGCUCAAGAGAAGGGGGAGAGAAAGGCGUGGUUGUUCGUCACAGGUUUCAUGGCUGGCAGUGUUGUUGCUUUCAAGAUUGAUCUUUGA